AAUGACCGAGCGUUGAUGACAGAAAUCUCGUCCCCAAACAGGCCCGAUUCUUGGGAUCCUUCUUCCCCUACCUCCAGCCAUGGUUGACUGCAAAAAUAGAUCCGCCGUUGCUGACUUUCUGUCUUCUAGAACCCCGCCUCCACCUAUAUCCUCCCCACCCAUCUCCUUCUCAUACCAAACCCUAACCCCUCUUUUAUCUCCUCCUUAUCGGCGCAAGCUCUUCAAAUUUCAUAUUCGAUCGGUGCCUUGUUUCAUCCGGAAAUCGAGCUUCAGUUCCUCCUCCUUGCUCUAGGGUUUCAGGAUUAUUCGGAUUAAUCUCAAGCUUUAAUUGAAUCGAAGUUUGUUUGGGAGAUUUCGAGUACUCUCAGAAAAUAAAAUUAAGAAUGCCUCCUUUUGGAGAAUCAAACCCUUUUUCAAAUGGUUUCCACCAUGAUUCGCAUUCAAACGUAGUCACCAUUGACGUCGGUGGCCAGAUUUUUCAGACAACCAAACAGACCCUGUCGUCUGCUGGCCCCAAGUCCCUUCUUUCCAAGAUCUCCUCUUCUGAUCGCUCCAUCCCCUUCAUUGACAGAGACCCUGAGCUUUUCUCGAUUCUGCUUUCCCUCCUCAGGACAGGAAACCUUCCUUCAAAGGCCAAGGCAUUCGACAUCCAGGAUCUGAUUUUCGAGGCCCAAUUCUAUGGAAUUGAAAGCAUCCUCGUCAACUCCCAAUCGAACCCCUCCCAAAUAGACGCCUUCAAUCUUGAAAAAUCCUUAAUCUUGCCGUUGAACGGCCGUGAUUCGCCCUCUGCAAUUUCGACAACACUGUUCGGAUCACUCCAUGUCGCCCAUGGAAGCAAAGUCACCUCCUUCGAUUGGUCCCUCCGGAGGAAAUCCACAAUUCUGACCCAAUUCACGGCCAUCGAUUCAUUGCUAGCAUUGUCCCCUGCUGUUGCCGCAGCCGGCGCCACCGAUUUCUCAGGCUUACAGAUCAUCGAUCUUAACAACGGCAUUGUUAAAGAAAGUUUGGAUUGGGUAAACGUGACGAAGUCGGGGUCGACAGUGCAGGCCAUUGGAGCAUCAGAUGAACACUUGUUUACAAGCUUCGAGUCCAGCCGGAGAAAUUCAAGCUGCAUUAUGAUAUACGAUCUUAACGACAGCCUACGCCCUGCUUACAAGAUCGGCCACUACGAAAUCUUCGGCGCUGAUCUUGAUUCCGCCAUUCCAGCAACUAAAUUGCAGUGGAUUACCUCCCACAAUCUGUUAAUGGCCUCAGGCUCACACAGCGGACCUGCCGGCGUAUCCGGGAACAUCAAAUUUUGGGACAUUAGAUCCGGCAAUGUAGCUUGGGAGCUCAAGGAGAAGACAGAUUGCUUCUCUGACAUUGCCGUUUCAGAUCCCCUCUCUGCCAUUUUUAAAGUAGGAAUCAACUCAGGGGAGACAUACUACGCAGAUUUGAGAUAUAUACAGGCUGAAAACUCUUGGACUUGUCUCGGUGACCCGAGAAAGGGAUCGAGUGGGAAGAAGGGUGGGCUUGGGAGCAAAGUGGAAACUCACGGGAGCCAAGUUGUUUGUGGGAAAGGGGGGAAUUUGGAGCUAUGGUCGGAAGUGUUAUUAGUCGGGAGCUUACGGGCGGGGGAGAAAGGGUUGCUGCAGGAGAGAGUGUUCAGGAAGAACAUGAUGGGGAGAGCCAAGGAUAUGGGCGGAAACAGGAUAACUAAUCUGAGGUUUGGUGGGAACAAAUUGUUUGUCACAAGGAAAGACCAGCAAUGUGUGGAAGUUUGGAUGUAGUUUGGCAGGACAAUACACUCUUGCUAGUUAAGGUUCCUUUAUUCCUUACCCUCUUCUGUAAGAAGUUCUUGCAGUUGUGUGGAAUGUACAUUGUGCAUUUUCUUUCAUUUUUUAUUUUGUGCAUAUUGAAAAGUGUGGUUUUGUUGGUACAGUAUAGCCGUUGCUGGGCUUCUUCAUUUGCUAGAAUAAUGUGUGUAUAGAACAAACUUUGUUUUACAGUGGCUGUAAAUCUGUACUUGUAAGUGGUGAAAAUGGCAGGUUCUUGUUUUUGGUCUAGGUUGUCCUGCCCAUGUGUGGAAUCAAGAAUCAAAUCUAUCUUCCCUGCAAGAAGAUUAUGAAUGUCUGGCAUCACUGUCGACAGCAAUAAGUGUAAAUUGGAGGACCACAUGUUCUUACAGUGAAGUGCAAUUUGGCACAACUGUAAGCUCCAUUGCAAUGCUCAAUCAUCCAUGGCAGGAAUUAGGGAUUAAAUGGAGAAAAUUCUACAUUGAUAAAAUGCAACAGGUUUCCAAACAAAGGUGGAUGGGUACCCCUCAAUACUUUACACAUAGUUUAACAUCUUCACACAGUCUUUGAGAGGAGAAACAACACUCAACAAAGAAGAAGAAACUCCAUAAAUGAUGACACAAAUACAAAU